AUGUUAUUAUGUAUUUACAAUGCUAUUUGGAUGUUUUACAGUGGAGUACAAUUGCAUUAAAGAAAAUCUGAUAAAUACUAAUAUCAAUUGGUAUGAAACAGGAAUUUAUAUAGGUGAGUGUGUUCGUAAAGUUGUGUUUUAUAAUAUAGAUAACUCUAAUAAAUCUAAAACGAAUUGAUUGGUUAUCUAUUAAUUGGUUAUAUGCCUUUAUAAUAAUAUGGUUAUUUUUGUUAAUAACUAUAUUUUUGGAAAUAAUAUCUUUAUAUAGAUUAUCUGUUUAAACUAAUAAAUACUUUACUAGUAGUAAUCUUGAAAUAAAGAUGCAAUUUGGAAAUAAUAUAAUUGGUCAAUUUUGGAUUUGUAUGUUUUUCUUUUGUUUUGCAGGAGUACCAAGUUACACAAUGGUUAAUUUGUGUAUUUAUUUGGACAAUGAUUUAGGACAAUAAGAUUAUUUACUAGCAAUAAUUCUAAGUGUGUCUUAUACAGUAAUGUAUUUUGUGUACACAAUAUAUAACAAAGAAGUAUUGAUAUUAUUCAUUUUGAAUCUAAAUUAUUUUGCUCAAUUUAAUGAAGAUCCUAAUUAGGAUAGACAUGUACUUAGUUUCUCAUCUUCAAGAAGUUAACAAAAAUAUGUAUACUCAUUAAAAGAAAAUUCACAAAAGAAUAAUCUUUUAUAAUAUCCAACUUAAAUGGUAAAGAUUUCAAGCACUUAUUAUUUACCUGAUGAAUUUGUUAUAAGAAGACAUCAAACUGAAGUCAAUAUUAUUUCAAAUAAAUAAGCUACAAUCACUGAAGUAGCUGUUUCAGAACCUACAAUAAAACAAUGUUUUAAUUGUAUCCAAAGAUAAGGUAGUGUAGUCUAUAUGCCAUGUGGUCAUGGGGGAAUGUGUACAGAAUGUGCUAUUUUAUGGUUUGAAUAAAACAAAGAGUGUCCCAUUUGCAGGAGUGUAAUUAUUAUUAUUAUUAUUAUGAAUUAGUUAAUCAAGGCUAUACUUCAGAUAGUGUAGAUUGAUGAACAGACUGUUAAAGUAGUGGGAAUAAUUGCUUAAAACUGA